AUGCCGGCAGAAAAAGAGCUUCUAUUGCAAGAGCUGGAAGCGCUUAAAUUAGAGAACUUUAAACUAAAGAAGCAGCUAGAGCAACAAAGAGAACAAAAGGAAACACUUCCGAUGUCUUUGGAAGAAUAUAGUCGUUAUGGGAGACAAAUGAUUGUUGAACAAAUAAAUGGAGUUGAAGGCCAAGUAAAAUUACGCGAGGCUAAAGUUCUAGUCAUAGGAGCUGGUGGUUUAGGAUGUCCUUCGCUGCCAUAUUUGGUUGGUGCAGGUGUUGGUCACAUCGGAAUUGUUGAUGAUGAUAUAGUUGAUGCAUCUAAUUUACAUCGGCAAAUCCUACAUGAUUCAGUUAAAGUUGGGAUGUUAAAGUGUGAGUCUGCCAAGCAGGUUUUAAAUAAACUAAAUCCACAUGUCCAAGUAGCUACGUAUCCCGUUAGAUUGGAUAACAAGAAUGCUUUUCAGAUUAUGGCCAAUUAUGAUAUCAUUAUGGAUUGUACAGAUACUCCUUUGGCCAGGUAUUUAAUAUCUGAUGUUGCUGUUAACCUUGGAAAGACUGUUGUUUCAGCUUCAGGUCUUGGAACAGAAGGUCAAUUGUCCAUUUACAAUUUUAAGAAUGUCGGACCUUGUUAUAGAUGUUUUUACCCUAAUCCCCCACCACCAGGUUCGGUCACAUCGUGUCAACAAGGUGGUGUCGUUGGUCCUUGUAUUGGUCUUGUUGGGGUCAUGAUGGCAGUUGAAACAAUGAAGGUUAUCUUAGAAACUUAUACUGUAGAAAAUUUUAGCCCGUUCUUGAUUCAAUAUUCUGGAUUUCCCCAACAAUCAUUACGCACAUUUAAAAUGAGAGGAAAGAAGAAGGACUGCAUCUCUUGUGGCUAUAAUCCUACAGUUACACGUGAAGCCAUUGAAUCGGGAGAUGUUAAUUAUAGCAACUUUUGCGGUGGCAGCCGUGAUUUUAAUGUGUUAGCAGACGAAGAGCGGAUUACAGUUCAACAAUUCCAAGAAAACUACUGGCUGGACGAUAAAAAAGAUUACAUAUUGUUAGAUGUUAGGCCUCGUCUUCACUACAAUGUGUCUCAUCUCCCCAAAACAUACAACGUAACAAUGAAAGAGCUAAAAGAUAUGGACGGUGACUUGAAGGAACUUCAAAAGCGCAUACCAAGGUUAACGACUGAGAGGGAUAUUAUUGUUUUAUGUCGUCACGGAAAUGAGUCAAGACUAGCGACUAGAGUUUUGAAGGAUGAGUUCAGGCUGAAUAAUGUCAAGGACAUCAAGGGCGGAUAUUUUCAAUAUAUCGAUGAAAUCAGCCCUUUUUUACCCAAGUAUUAA